UCCAAUUGUCCAAUUAUGUAAGGUAUUCACACAAGUUUUGUCUAACACCUAAUACUUGAGUGUUAUGCACAAUAAAUUUUUUCGGGAUUAAGAAAAGUCUGAAGCUAUGGCGGAUGGAAGGAAAGAAUGUCCAACAUCACCUCAGGCAGCAACCGCCCAGCUAUUCGGAGUUCUCUCCAGUCUUCUCCAGCAGGUGGUGUCUUCGCAGUGGUCAAAACUCAAGCACUACGACAAUCGGGGCUGUUUAAUGCGUCCUACAAGUGCUGAAGGAGUGUUGCAGUGCCCAAAGCUCCAGUGCUUCGGUGGGCAGGGCUGUUUAGUGCGCAACAAUUCUUCAACAAGUUUUUCUUCAGUCCUUGUGGAAUCAUUGACUAAUCAAGAAGAAGUGGAGUUGCGCAGUAAGAUCUAUGCACUAGGACUGGAAGUUACAAAAGUUCCUUCAAAAUCAACGCAAAAUCUUGACGAGAUGGAGAUUGCAAAGCAGUUGGAUAAAUUGUCAGAAAAGCUGGAUGAUGUGGAUCGGAUGAUAUCCUCCGCUGUCGCUGCAGAUCCACAAGUUGGGUCUCUCUUAUGCAGUACUGCUAAUCUUUGGAUGCCAGUUAUUACAGCCGGUUCUGAGGAAAGGCGUAACCUUAAUGCGUCAGUUGAAGAUGAUCUUGAAGUGAAAGGCAAAAAUUCUCAGUAGAUUUUAGUUAAAAUCAACAUCUGCAAAAUCAUCGUCAUACAUUGAUUUUGAUCCUUUAAUAAACUGUGAACAUUACUGUUUCCAUCAUCAAUUACAAAGCAUAGCCAGAGGGUGUAAGUAUCCUCAAGUUGAAACCACAUUUACAUCUCCGGUGACAAAUAGAUAGCGGCAUAUAAAAGUUAUUCUUCGUUUUGUUAGAGAUGUUCUGCAAGUCAUUGUAGUAUCUUUAAAAGGAACAUAAGACUUGUUGAUACUUGAACAUAUUUCUCUUAGGAAUAAAUUGAGACCUUUCUUUCUGGUGUAAAA